ACUCGCGCUCAGUCGCCGGCGCAAUGUGUCACGCGGUGGUGCUCGGCGUGCUGUUCUCGCUGCCCUCCUAUCUAUACUCGGCCGUACCUUUCAGGUGAGACGCGGCCCGAGGUUAUCGAGUGCUUUUUAAGUGUUUAUUGCCGUAAUGUGUGGUUUUCUGUUCUACCUUUAGUUUUAUAGUCACAUUUUGAGGUCGUGUCUUUUUCGUUAUUAACGGUUGUUUUCGUCUCUUCUCCGUACAAUUGAAAAGUCCGCUUAGGACGAAAAUUAAAUUUUAAUGGUGGUAAUGUGAUUUGUUGUUGUUUGCAUUUUUUUUUAAUUUUCUGCUAAUAUAAUGAUGUGGAAGUGUGACCGUCGGCCAGUUUACAAAUUUACGCGCAUUAUUAGACACUAUCGAAGACUAGAAGUGUGUGACGUCGUUACCGAGAGCUUGACCUUUGGUGACGUUAAAGGCGAGAGAUUAGUUCCUUCUUCGUGACGAAGGCCGCGACUCAUGCGCAGCGCCGAAUCAGUUCCAGCAAUGGAUAGCUACUUGAAGAUACUAUUUACCUGGCUUUCGACACUACUGAAUAAACUCUAUAUAACGAAGGCCCGCCGCAAGGAGCGCGAGGGCGAGGGCGGCGGCGACCCCAAGCUGUACCUGCAGGAGGCGCUGCUGGAGCGCAAGCUGCCCGAGCUCGACAUGCGCCAGUUGGUGGAGCUGCCGCACGGCCUCGACUACAACGAGUGGCUCGCCUCGCACACGCUGGCGCUGUUCGAGCACGUGAACCUGCUGUACGGCACCGUGUCGGAGUUCUGCACGGCCGCCAGCUGCGGCGACAUGGCGGGCCCAGGCGGCCGAUCGUACGCGUGGUACGACGAGCGUGGCAAGAAGUCGCGCGUCGCGGCGCCGCAGUACGUCGACUAUGUCAUGACCUACACGCAGAAGACCAUCAACGACGAGACUAUCUUUCCUACUAAGUACGCGAACGAGUUCCCGGCGCAGUUCGAGGCGGUGGUGCGGCGCGUGGUGCGGCUGCUGUUCCACGUGGUGGCGCACCUGUACGCGGCGCACUUCCGCGAGCUGGCGCUGCUGCGGCUGCACGCGCACCUGCACCUCACCUUCGCGCACCUAACCGCGCUCGACCGCCGCUUCGCGCUGCUCGACGCCAAGGAGACCGAGGUUCUCCGCGACCUGGAGGUGGCGUUGCGGCUGACGGAGCCGACGGGCGCGGGGAGCGCGGGGGGUGCGGGGAGCGCGGGGGGUGCGGGGGUGGCGGGUGCGGGUGCGGGGGGCGCGGGGGCGGCGGGCGACAGCGGCGAGGAGGCGUCCCCGCGGCGGCGCUCGCCCGUGGUGACGCAGCCGCUGGCGUCCGCGUGACCGACGCGCGAGCCGCCCGAGCCGCCCGCCCGCUAGCGCCGCCCGCGCCCGCCGCCGCCCCGCUCCCGGCCGCCCCCGGCCCGCCGCCGGCCCGCCGCAGACCCGCCGCCGGCCCGCCGUCGGGGCGCUUCACGAUCGCGAGAUGCCUUCCGUGACUCGACCGAGUAGUUGACGCGUGUACGUUCCGUAACUUGAAGAAUUGUUACUCUAUUGUAAAUAUUUCAAUCUGUUAAGUAGUUUUAGGUGAUUAUUAGUUUAUAAAUUUGUGAUUGCUUUGGUUGUAAAUAAAAGUGAUAUUUGUUUAACUAAUAAACUGAAAGCUUUAUCGAAGUUUUA